AUGUCUGUAGAGCAGUACUCCCUCCCCAGCCUCCCCUACGCCUACGAUGCCUUGGAGCCCAGCAUCUCGGCCCAGAUCAUGGAGCUCCACCACAGCAAGCACCACCAAGCCUACAUAACCAAUCUCAACGCCGCUCUCCAGACCUACUCCGCCGCCACCUCCUCGUCCGACGUGCCCGCCCGCAUCGCCCUGCAAGCCGCGAUCCGCUUCCACGGCGGCGGGCACAUCAACCACUCCCUCUUCUGGGAGAACCUCACGCCGGCGGGGUCCGCCGAGGCCCAGGUCUCCGCCGCGCCCGCGCUCGUGGCCGAGAUAGGCAAGACGUGGGCGGACGGCGUGGAGGGGUUCAAGAAGGAGUUCACCGCCGCGCUGCUCGGUAUCCAGGGUAGCGGGUGGGGGUGGCUCGUCAAGGACGGGAAGGGGAGGUUGAGCGUGGUGACGACCAAGGACCAGGAUCCUGUGUAUUUGAAUGGUAAGGCAGCAUACGUGGAAAACAUCUGGAAGGUCAUCAACUGGCAGACGUGCGAGAAGCGAUUUACUGGAUCGCGUGAAGAUGUGUUUGCCGUACUCAAGGCCUCUUUGUAA